UAGGCACAGCUACAGGAUUUUUGGGGUUAGGUGUCUUGCUCAAGGACACAUCGACAUGCGACUAGCGGAGCCAGAGACGGAGAUCAAACCGCAGAUCAAACCGCAGAUCCUCUGAAGGACGGCCCUGUACUCCACUUAGCCACAGUCGCCCCUGUGGAUUGUGGGGACCCUGUGGAUUGUGGGGACCCUGUGGAUUUUGGGGACCCUGUGGACUGUGGGGACCCUGUGGACUGUGGGGACCCUGUGGAUUGUGGGGACCCUGUGGUUUGUGGGGACCCUGUGGACUGUGGGGACCCUGUGGUUUGUGGGGACCCUGUGGACUGUGGGGACCCUGUGGACUGUGGGGACCCUGUGGUUUGUGGGGACCCUGUGGACUGUGGGGACCCUGUGGAUUGUGGGGACCCUGUGGUUUAUGGGGACCCUGUGGACUGUGGGGACCCUGUGGACUGUGGGGACCCUGUGGUUUGUGGGGACCCUGUGGACUGUGGGGACCCUGUGGACUGUGGGGACCCUGUGGACUGGGGACACUGUGUUGGUAAAACUCGUGACUUUCUUCUCUUCUUCAUUGGUUUCACUUCAAUUUAGUGAGACGUCCAGGAACCAGUGGUGUGACAUCACUUCCUGUUUUCCUCCUCUGACUUCUCUAAUCCUUCACUUCCUCUUUCUGUCCAGAAGAACUCAGCUGAUAUUUUAAACCUGUUUCAGUAAUAAAUGUAUUCUUAUUAUUAUUAUUAUUACAUGAAUGUGUUUAUUCUGCUGGUAGUUUAAUCUGUAAUAAUAAUCAUUGAUUAUUGAUCAUCAUAAUCUACAGAUACACUAAACAAUACUACCUGCUGGAUAUGUUAAUGAGGUGUAGCUGUGACGUGAUUGGUGGAUUCAGAUAAAUGUCAGAGAGGGUGGAGCCAAAAACAGGAAGUGACAGAAACAAUUUCUUAAAAAACACAGAAGAGAAAAGGACCCACAGAGAGAGAGAGAGACAGGUCCUAUAGUUUAAUCAGACAGACAGUUAAGGUGAGUAAACUCUGUGUGUAGUAGUAGUCAGUAUGUACUGUGUGUAUGUGUGUACAAAUACUCGGUGUGUGUAUUAAUACUCAGUAUGCACGUGAGUGUGUUUAUAUUAGUAUUCUGAGUGUGUACUAACACUGAAGUGUGUAUCAAUUCUCAGUAUGUGUGUAUUAAUUCUGUGUGUGUGCGUACUAGUACUCAGAGUGUGGACUAAUACUCAGUGUGUGUACUAGUAUUCACAGUGUUUACUAGUAUUCACAGUGUGUACUAAUACUCAGUGAUGGACACCGUGUGUGAGGACGACCUCUGCUGGCUCCAGCUGGAUGAUUUCAGGAUGUUACUCAUCAAAACCAUCGAACCUUCAAGAAUCACUCCGUACCUCAGACAGUGUCAGGUGGUCAAUGCUGAGGAUGAGGAGCAGCUCUUUAACGACCCGACCCUCGUCAUCAGGAGGAGAAAAGUUGGAGCCCUGCUGGACAUCCUCCAGAGGACAGGGGUGAAAGGCUACACGGCCUUCCUGGAGAGCCUGGAGCUGGAUUAUCCUCAACUGUACAGUCGCAUCACGGGGAAGGAGCCCAACAAGACCUUCAGCAUCCUCAUCGGUCUGUUCACCUGUCUGUGUGUACACCUGUCUGUCUGUACACCUGUCUGCUUACCUGUCUCUCUCUCUGCAGACACAGCAGGUGAAUCCGGUCUGACUCAGUUCCUGAUGUCGGAGCUCAGUCGCCUCCAGAGGGCGCUGCAGGACGAGAGGAGGCGUCGCCAGCAGGCCUGCUCCGUUGCUAAGGAACAGGAGGUGUGGUCUCGACAGCAGCAGCUGAAGGACCGCGAGCUGAGGAAGCUGACUGAGCGCGUGCAGAAGGUUCGAGAGGAGCGAGAGCGUCUGAGCGAUGAGGUGAGGCAGCUCCGAGACCACAACUACAGUCUGAUGGCCGACGUCAACACUCUGGGACAAGAGAAGAGCAGCGCCCUGCUGGCCAACAGAGACCUGCAGAUAGAGGUGGAACGUCUGAAAUACAACGUGCAGCGAGCUGAGAGUCAAAGUCGACUACUGAGACGACGAACACUAAGACCGCUGCAGGAGAGCAGGAGUCUGGCUCCGCCCACCGAGACCUUCUUCCACCCAAACAGAACGGAGCAGAAGGCGGAGAAUCAGGGGGAGAAACAGGAGGAGAAGCAGAAGGAGAAAAAGGAGGAGAAGCAGAAGGCGACGCAGGAGAAGGAGGGUCCAGCUCCUCUUCAGCUGAACCUCCUCGAUACAGUGUUAAGACUGAGGAGACAACUCCACAGAGCAGAGGAGCAGAGAGCCAGGGUGAGGAAGAGGGAAGAGGAGGAAGAGGAGAAGGAGGACGAGGAACUCACAGGGUUUUUUUGUUUUCAGAGUCUGGAGGAGAAGGAGGAACUGGAACUGCUGUUUGCUCAGCUGAAGGGAGACGUCAGGAUGUACCGUCAACGAAACAAACAAACCCUCAGACAGCUGGAGGAGGUGAUCAGAGAGAGAGACAAGGCUCUGUCAUCGCGGGCGGAGCAGCAUGAGGAGGCGCGGCUGCUCCUGCAGGAGAAGGACCAGUACAGGGAGCAGGUCAGACAGCUCACUGAGCAAUCUGACAGGCUGGAGCUCCUCCUGCUGAGGUCACAGGGGGAGGAGCUACAGCUGAGGACACGCCUCCGCAGACUCACCAGCAACACUCACCAGGGUGAGAAGAGUGUGAGUAGCGAGGAGGAGGAAGAGGAGCCCACUGAGAACCCCGCUAAAGGUGAGAGUCACGUGACCUGCUAUCGCUUUAAAUCACGUCAUGUGACCUGGUCUCAUGUGUCAUGUGACCUGUGGGAUCAGGUAGCGUUGAGGAGGUGCAGAGUGGGACGUCUGGGGAGAACGAGGAGGCGUCAGCACUGCAGCAACAAGACUCGACUGUGGGAGGAGCUACAGAGUCUGAACAGAGGCCCAGCACUGCUGCAUCAUGGGACGAGGAGACAGACUGUCUCUCCUCCAGGAGUCGUUCUAACUUCUUUUACAGAAGGAAGCGAGCUGUCAGGUCAAAGGUCAUCUGUAAGGAGUACACAGCCGGUAACCAUGACGACAGCAGCGGUAGUGACAUCACCGACUCUGACUGAAGACGAGCUGCCUUCAAAAUAAGAGCCUCAAAGUUUUUAUUUCUGUUCUCAUCAGUUUGAACAGAAUGAAUUAAAGAAAUAUAAAAUAAAUGUUUAUAAUCUCUUUGUUACUAAAGUCAAUAAAAACAUAGAUGUUGUUUAUUUUAGUGUCUUUUUUAUUUCAAACAUUUCAUCUAU